CCAAGCGCAGCUGCUCUUUAUUCCUGGCUUGGUUUGGGAGCCAGCUGUGCGCUGGGUUUCAGUUUUCAGGACAUUUUCGCUUGAUCCAAACAGCUGGGAACCCGCUCCCGUCAGAGUCGGGACCAACAGCUGUCCCGACCGGGGCCCCGGUCUCCCCCCGGGCCCUGCUGGCAGGUGAAUGAGGUCUCUCUCCACUAGCACCAGAUCCCGCCAGCUGAGCGCCGGGACCGGGGAUCCAGCUUCCGCACUGGGGGAUCCAGUGACCGCACCGGAGGGAUCCAGUGACCGCACGGGUGGGGGGAGGGGGGUGUCCAGCGGAACACCGAGAGACCCAGUGUCCGCAACGGGAGAGCCAGCGGUAGAACCAGGGUCCAGUGACCGCAACAGGGGAUCCAGGUGUCCGCACCGGUAGAACCAGCGGCGGGACCGGGAGAUCCAGCGGCGCCAACAUGAGUGUCCAAGACCCCUGCAAUUUCCUAGUCCCCACCGUGUCAACAACGCCGAGCAGCCAGUGGGAUCGCAGCACAGACGCGGAGGCAAUUCCCCCAAAAGCUACGCACUUGGCCAAGAGGACAAUACUGAUCAUUUCUCUCCUGCUGGGAGCGCUGAUGGUGGCCGGGGCCGGCGUUGCUGCCUGGUACUUCCUGUCUGACAAGCCCGAAGACAACAGCGAUAAGUUUGGAGUCAGUUAUGUGGGAAGCUUGCGCAUCAUGAACCAAGAAUUCAUCAGCAAAUAUGGAGACAAAAAGUCUCAGGAGUUUCAAAGCAAAGCUAAGGAUAUCAAUGAGAAGAUUAAGGAAGCUUUGUCCUCCUCAGACAUUGAAUCAUACUACAAUAAAUCGGCAGUCUUCACAUUUGGGAAGGGGAGCCUACUGGCAUACUUCUGGGUGGACUUUCGAGUAACAAUGGGCAAACAAAAUGAGGUCACCAAUGACUCAGUAGUGACAUCGGUCAACAAAUUCUUUGAGACUCCAGGGUCGACAGAUUACCAGAUCCAGCCAGCAUCAACCGAGAUAACCUAUCUAUCGGGAAAUGAGCUGAACACCUUGGCGUCGGCAGCAGAAUGCCACCAUUAUAAGUUCAUCGGCACUGCCCAGAGCACAGGGUUGAGUGGGCCUGACUCCAAGUACAAAAGCUGCUUCUGGCACCUACAGGGCCCCAAAGGUCACCUCCUGAAAUUGCGGCUGCAGUGGGUACAGGGCAACUGCAUGGACCGCAUCUUGGUGUACAACGAGGUCACAGCCAGUGACUGGACCCUCCUAACUUCCCUGUACAAAUGCAACUGGCAAGAACCAGCAGUGGAGAUCCUCUCAUCCAGUAACGUUAUGUCAAUCAUUUGGAAAGAGGGCCGUUACAGCAGCUACGAUACCUUCAGGCUCUCUGCUCAGGCCCUGCCGAUGCACGAUUGCUCAGUUAACAUCACAUUGAGAGAGGGAUGGGAUAUCCAAGGCAAUGGCAGCACACCGUAUUUCCCCAGUUACUACCCACCCAACGCCCACUGUACCUGGUACUUCACUGUCCCAUCCCUUGACUAUGGAAUCACCCUGUGGUUUGAUGGCUACAAGUUGGACACACCGUUGUUCAGAGAACCCUGCUCCCAAGGCCAGUGGAUAGUGCAAAACCGGAAGCUGUGUGGGUGGAGAGUGCUGCAGCCGUACGCGGAGAGAAUCUUCGCUGUGGCGCUAACUACGAAGGUGACCUUCAGCUCCGAGGUGACCCUGACGGGGCCAGGGAUCCAGUUCCAAUACAGCCUCUUCAACCAGUCCAACCCCUGCCCUGAUGGUGUCUUGUGUUCGGUGUCUGGUCUGUGUGUCCCAGAGUGCGAUGGUCUGAAGGACUGCAGCAACAAUGUGGACGAGAAUAACUGCGUUUGUCCUGCACAGCAUCAGUGUACCGGUUCAAGCAACCCCUGUCUAUCACUUCACAAGAUCUGCAACCACGUGAAGGACUGUGAAGCUAGGAGUGAUGAGGAGAACUGUGAUGCAGCCGUGCCAUGCGACCUGUUCACCUACAAGUGCGAUGAUGGUUCCUGUGUGAAGAAAGCAAACCCUCAGUGCGACUAUGAGAACGACUGUCACGAUGGCAGUGAUGAGAAGAACUGUGACUGCGGCCUUCAGACCAGCAAGAGCAGAAUUGUUGGUGGGACCAAUUCCACGGAGGGCGAAUGGCCAUGGCAAGCCAGCCUACAGGUCAACAGCAUGCACGUCUGCGGGGGUAUUCUCAUCAACGAGCGUUGGGUGCUCUCUGCAGCUCACUGCUUCCCGAGCAGUUACGCACCACCAGAAUAUUGGACGAUCUACCUUGGCAAGUUCAAGCUGAGCACCGUGGGCAGUAAUGAGCUCAGCUUCAAGGUGCUGAGGAUCAUUGUCCACCCCUACUUUGAUGAAGAAACCUACGACUACGACGUUGCCCUCCUCGAGCUGGACCAGCCCGUGCCCGUUGUGCCAACCACCUUUCCCAUCUGCCUCCCUGCCAAGACGCACGUUUUCGAAAAAGGCCAGUUGUGCUGGGUCACAGGCUGGGGAGCAACCGAGGAAGAUGGUUCAACGGAAGAUAUUCUUCAGAAAGUGGAUGUGCAACUGGUGGAUCAGUCAGUCUGUAACGAAGAAUACAGCUACACCAUCACCUCCCGAAUGUUGUGUGCUGGUUAUGCUGAGGGAAAGAAGGAUUCCUGUCAGGGUGACUCUGGAGGGCCACUAGUGUGUGAGGAGUCCAGUGGCAGAUGGUUCCUGGCUGGAAUUGUGAGCUUUGGUAUUGGCUGUGCCCGACCAGGAUACUAUGGCGUUUAUACACGGGUAACCAGACUCAUCGCCUGGAUUCGCACCAUCGCCUGGUAACCAAAGAGAAUCCUUCAUGCCCCAGGUCUGGGACGCCGACCACCAGUAGUGAUGUCACAUGGGACCAUUUUGAAGGCACCACGAUGCUCAGCAGCUUUUGAUGAUGUCAACACGAGAAGGUCAACACUCAGCAUAUUUUGAUGAUGUCAGCAUGAGAAGGUCAAUGCUCAGCACCUUUUGAUGAUGUCAGCAUGAGAAGGUCAAUGCUCAGCACCUUUUGAUGAUGUCAGCAUGGGAAGAUCAAUGCUCUUGAUCUUUUUGAUGAUGUCAGCAUGAGAAGGUCAAUGCUCAGCACCUUUUGAUGAUGUCAGCAAUGGGAUGGUCAAUGUGACUUUUGGUAAAUAAGCUAUGAAGCCAAUGAGCCCACGUGUGUCCUGCCCGUUAAUAGGUGACGAAGCGGGGAGUUGGGACCAUUUUUAGCAAUUUCUCCAUCUAUAUUUGUGGGAGGUUUGUGCAAUUCAGGGUAAAGAAUUUUAGGAACCAAGGGAUUCAACAGCCAGCCAGGAACGCACAUUAGAGAUGUUAACCAAUAACUCCUGGACCCCAUCAGUAUCCAGGGUACUGGAUACUGACUCCAACAUGUGUACACAGACAGACUGGAGAGGGGAGAGUGGAAGGUCAGGGGCACCAAUCCAAUCAGGGCUGAUCUAUAUCCAAAUUCCAGCCCCCCACCUUGGUUGUGUUACCCUAGUUCCCCACCCACACCACACUGACCAACAAGAAUCAAAUGCCAUCAGUUUUGGACUUCUCUAAUUGGCCCCCACCCUUAAUAAUUUUGGGACUAAGUCCUCCCUGACCCUACCCCUGGGAAGGUCGACUUCGGUUUCAAGUCCCUCUCCUUUGUUCCGGACUCCAGGGAAAAACACCUCGACUAGAUUGGACCUCAAUCUUCUGAACUCGGGCCUCAAGGAAAACAGACGUUUCUAGCAGGGUAUGGGGCAGUUUGUCCUCUAAGCUCUCUACGAAUCAUUUCAUACUGAGUCAGUGCGACGUGGUUGCAGCUGGUGAGAGGGACUGCUGGGGAGAGAAUGGUAAAUGAGGAUAUUUUGGGGGAACAGGAGUGCAGCUGAAACACUGCUGGUAGAUUAAACAAAUGAUCCAAGUCAGUUUUCUUUUGCUGAAUUCUUUCAUCUGACAAAACUGCGAGGGAGCAGGCGGUUUCCUCAGGGACUGCUCAGUACCCUUCAUAUUAGGAGCCAGUCCCAGGAACUGCCCUACAUAGGCAAAAGGUGAGCAUCCCAUCUGUAGCUCAGUUUUGCCUCACACACAGGUUUAAGAGCACCUCUCUCUAUAAUCUAGGCACACCCUCCAGCAAGGGAGACUUACUCAGGCUUCGUCAGGUGACCAACACACACCCCAGGGCACUGCUUCCAAGAUGUCCAGAGAAAUUCUCCCCAGUAUCCCAGCGAAAUGUCAUUCCUCAACCAACCUUCCUAAAAGCAGAUUGUCUGCUCGUUAUCACUAUUUAUGGGAGCUUGCUGUGCGCAGAAAACUUCAGCUACAUGGCUCACCACUCCAACUCCUCUUCAAGAAGGACUUCCUUACCUGUAAUGCACCCUGGGACAUCCUGAGGCUGUAAAAGGCACUUUAGAAAUGCAUGCCUUUUGCAUGGUUCCCCCAGGGGGGUAGAGGGUGUUCGAUUGUAACUCUAAUGGCAUGGAGUGUUGAACUGAUGCACCGUUGCCACUGGGACAGCUUUCAUUUCAAUUUUAGUUAGCUUGUGGAUUGAUGCAGUCAAACAGAGGCCAUUCUACCCAUUGUGCAAAAACUGACUCUUUGGGAGAUCCACUACCCCGCUUAUCCACAAACACCCAAAGGUUUCUCCCCUCACCUCUCCUUUUAUUGGUCCUGAGGAAGGGUCCUAACCCAAAAUGU